AUGAUGUCAUCCGACACAGUUGAGAGUUUGCUUCGCACGACUUCGCGGAUGAAGGAAGUACUUGAUCUGCAAGCGCUGUCCAACGCAACGCUGGGCCUUACUGACAUCGUCAAGAAUCGCACCUCUUUGGGAGUCAAGGACCUCCUUCCUGACUGGCAGGUACCUGCCAUCAGCCAAGUCUUGGGCAAGAGCGAGCGCGUUGGCAUCCGGAUGGCUCGGGAAGGCAAAGUGGCAAAGCAUCCCGUGAUCAUGAUUCCUGGGAUCAUCACGACUGGUUUGGAAGUUUGGGAUGGAGAGGACUGCAUCAAAAGUUACUUCAGGCAGAGGAUUUGGGGAACCACGACCAUGCUCCAAGCGAUGGUUCGCGAUCCGGACUGCUGGGUUCGACACAUGUCCCUAAAUACAACCACAGGUCUCGAUCCUCUGCAACAGCCAUUCUUCAACCGCACGAUUCGCAUUCGUCCAUCUCAGGGAUUCGAGAGCGCUGAUUUCUUCAUUGGCGGAUACUGGCUAUGGGGCUUGAUGAUUGAAUCCCUCGCCGAUAUCGGUUACGACCAGAAUUCCAUGUACAUGGCCUCCUUUGACUGGAGAUUAUCGUUCUCAGACAUGGAGAAGAGAGAUUGGUAUCUCACCAGACUCAUGCAACAGAUCGAAACAUUAGUCAGGAUGAACCACGAGAAGGCAGCCAUCGUGGCACAUUCUAUGGGAGGAAAUCUAUUCCACUAUUUUAUGCAAUGGGUCACAGAUCGAGUCCAUCCGAACUGGGUGCACGAUCAUAUUCAAUCUGUAAUCCUGAUUUCAUCUCCCCUUCUCGGCUUGCCCAAGGCGUAUUUCUCACUUCUGACGGGUGACAACAGAGACUUUGCCACCAUGGGUACUUUCAGUGCUGUUGUUGACCACUACUUUGGCAGCACGACGCGACGCAGUCUUUGGAGAAGCUGUUCUUCCUUGUCGAUGAUCAUGCCGAUUGGUGGAGACGCAGUCUGGGGUCAGCAGGUCACAGGCCUGCCACUGGUGCAGGUCUCCGGCAAGAAUCUAACAGUUGAAGAAGCCUACGAUUUGCUUGCAAGUGCAGACCAAGUUCCACACGAUUUACAGCGGAUUGAGGCCUGGCUCUUGCACGGAGUUCGCGCUUCUCAGCCCUUUGAGAAGCAUGCACAUGCUGCAAAGCCGUUUGAGAAAGAGACUUUGUGGGGGAAUGUCCUGGCAUCUGUGCUGCCUUUUGCACCGCAGAUGAAAAUGUUUGCGUUGUACGGUGUGGGAGUGCCAACCGAAUAUACUGGUGCUUUGGAAGUGCAAGGUGAUGAUGUGCAGCGUCCUAAGUACGGCAUUGAUCGGGAUUCUCACACACCAAAUGCAGGCUUCCUUCUUGGAGAUGGUGACUACUCCUGCCCUGUUCUUUCUUUGGGGUUCAUGUGCACAAAGGGCUGGAGAAGCGAAGCACGGAAUCCGGCAAGGAUACCUUGCACAGUGCGGGAAUACAAGGACAAGUCAGGCAAGAGUAUGAUGACGGGUAGCCUACGCGGUGGACCCAGUUCCGGGGAUCAUGUCGACAUACUAGGCAAUGUUGAGCUGCUGGAAGACUUGAUUUCACUAGUUAGCGGCGGAUCACUUGAGACACGCAUCGUCUCAGACUUGGAAAGAACUGCUCAACGCUGGAAUGGCUGA